CAACAUUAGAACAGAAUAAUUGAAUUAGUUUGAGGAGUUUAGGUGGUUUAUAGAUCGAAUAAACUGCGCAGCGCCAGGCAUACAUUCGUGAAUAAACAGGAUAUUCAUUUACGCUGUCAGAAGAACUAUCAACGAAGCCAACUAAUAAACAAUAAAAAGGUCCUGAAUGAAAUGCAGUGUCUAAAGUUAGAACUGUGAGAGUGAAGUUUCUGAUGGAAAUUGUCCAUCCAAAGAUAACCUGCUGAAAAUCCAAGACUGUAGGUAGCAUCUGGUAGAUUGGUAGCUGGAAUGGAGAACAAAACCAAUGGAUCACUGGAAGCCAAGCCUAAGGUGGAGAAUGGACAGCUGCCGGAUCCUGCUGACUGGGCGGUUACUGAUGUCGUUAACUAUUUCAAAGCUGCAGGAUUUGAAGAGCAGGCUACUGCUUUCCAGGACCAGGAAAUCGAUGGAAAGUCUCUGCUUCUGAUGACGCGGAACGAUGUCCUGACAGGCCUGUCCAUCAAACUGGGGCCAGCACUGAAGAUCUACGAGUACCAUGUGAAGCCACUCCAGACCCAGCAUCUGAAGAGUAAUGCUAAUGCAUCAUAGCAUCACCCCAUGCUCUUCCAUGUGCAACAGGACAGUCAUCUAUGGAGGAGGGUUGAGAGGCUGGACGGACAGACCAGGCCGAAGACGUUUAUGGACAGCAGAAGAUGGUGCUUAGAAAACUUAUUUGCAUCCUUAUGCAAAGUCAAUGUUCUUUUACUUGAAGUGAUGACCGAUGCCAAAUGGUUUACGCCGUGAAAUUAAUUUACAAAAGCAUGGCAGUGAUCAUACGGUUUUUAGUUAACUGAGUGAUAUUGGUUUAUGAAAGUAAGGACUUGAUUCCUUUAUUUGAAUACAAUUAUUUUACAGGUCUUAAAGUACACUGUACAGUUUUUUUUUCUUUUCUAAGAGUUAGUUUCAAAAUAUUCUAAUCAAGCAUGCUACUGAAGCGGAUUCAACCGAYUUGGUUAAUUUAGGGGACAGUCCUUUUCAGAUGGACGCAAAGGUGCACUAGAUGUCUGACCUGCUGAUAAAUGUCCUAACCUUGUCUUGAUAUUUUCAUUAUAUACAAACUUUUGAACACYGUUUUGAUUUCAGAAAAAAUUGCAUGGUAAUUAGUUGGAGGAAAUGUGUUUGAACCCUAGUCUUAGAAUUACUGUUCCUCCAUCACUGUGAAUUUUUUCCCUAAUGAGCCACUAUGAAUAUUAGAUGAUCAAAUCAGUAUCUUUAAGCAUCAUGUACAUCAAUGAUCUAUUUAAAGUGAUGCUCUGGGAACUUUGUAUAAUUUCAGCCUGUAGUUUUGAAAGUGGUGCUUACAAGCCAAAACGGGUCCCCGUUUUGUGUACUGUUACGAAUUUGUGCUUAAGAUCCCGGACUGCAUAUUUAAGCACUUGGGGGUGGGGAAUAUAGGUUAAUAAGUGUUGAUUUCCUUAUUCACCAUAUUCUUUCAUCUUAAAAGGGUGGCUUUUUUAUUGUUUUGGAUAUUUUUAUCAAAAGUUGUAGUCUUUCCCUUUUGUAUUGUUAAGGUGCUCUGUUUGCAUUCUGUUAUGAAAUAAACUACUUGCAUCUUUAA